AGACUUCCCAUGCUCUGGAACAAAAUGAUCAUAUACAUCAAGCAGAGCUUAUCAUUAGCACUACUCAAGAAAAACCUUGACAAGUAGAUGGGUAGUAGGAAAUUCAACUCUGGGAUCACGACUAGGACUCUGCUCGAUAGAGGAGCAGGAAGUAGUGUGGCGAAAGACAAGACACUGCUGGCUAGGCUUGCUUUGGCCCACGGACCGAUAGCCUAAUACCUAUUAGUCUCUCAAAACUAGUUUGGCGUACUUUCGUCGCGUAUUAAGCGACCACGUGCCGUAUAUUUUUCGCGACAGCUCUCCUUGGAAAACGUUUAUUAUCGGAACAGUUGUUAGCGCAAUGGAGAGAUGGUUGGGCUUUUGAAUGGGUUUUGUUUGUUUUACGUUUCCUUUUUGUCGUUGGUUUAAGGGAGUAUUAGUUUCAGAAAAAACAUUGUUUUGUAUCGUGUUAAGGAAACGAAAGUUUACUUGCUGGGCAAAUUAUAACCGUAUACAAUGGUUUAGCUGCACGGGUUUCCCGGCUGAGAAUUCCAUACACAAAUCUCUUUUUGAGGCACACGUUCUGUCGGCGGUUCCUGUUGAUAUUCCUGAGAUGGCCGAACAGUGUGAGUGUCUUGAACAGGUUGGAUCUAAAAGGAAAAAUAGACCAGAUUCUCCUCAGCAGCUGGUCAAGAGGCCCCGGUACGGUAGGGAAAGGAAAGUUCCUCCACCAAAAAAGCGCAACCCUGGAGUAAGCUUUAGUGAUCACCAUUUUGCUGAAACAACCUAUUAUUUUGAGGGCGGUUUGCGGAAGGUCCGUCCUUAUUAUUUUGAUUUUGAGACUUAUUGCAAGGGUCGCUGGGUGGGCAAAAGCUUGCUGGAAGUCUUCAACUCUGAGUUCCGGGCUGAACCGAUCGAGUACUACCGAGCUGCUGCUAAGGCUGGGCGGAUAAAGUUAAAUGGAGAGCCAGUGAAAGACUUAAACAUUAUUUUGAAAAAUAAUGAUUUCAUGAGAAACACAGUGCACAGACAUGAGCCACCAGUCACAGCCCAGCCAAUAGAGGUCCUGGUUAAUAACGAGGAUGUUGUGGUGGUUGACAAACCCUCGUCCCUGCCUGUGCAUCCAUGUGGGCGGUUUAGGCAUAACACUGUUAUCUUCAUCCUUGGGAAGGAGCGUGGUCUGAAGGAGUUGCAUACAAUCCAUCGGCUUGAUCGCAUGACAUCUGGAGUGCUUAUGUUUGCCAAAACUGCAGAAGUGUCAAAAAAACUGGACGAGCAAGUUCGAGAAAGAAAGCUGGAGAAAGAGUACAUUUGUCGUGUUGAAGGAGAAUUCCCAGAAGGAGAGGUCAUUUGUGAGAAACCAAUCCUUGUGGUGUCCUAUAAGGUGGGUGUCUGUCGUGUUGACCCCAAGGGUAAACCCUGUAAAACAGUUUUCCAGAGAGUCAGUCACAGUGGAAAUUCUAGUGUGGUCAGAUGCAUCCCUUACACUGGCCGCACUCACCAAAUCAGAGUUCACCUUCAGUACCUCGGGCAUCCUAUCAUCAAUGACCCCAUCUACAAUGUUGAUGCUUGGGGUCCAGACAGGGGCAAGUCGGGCAGCAUAGGUAAAACUGAUGAAGAGCUACUGGAAUCCUUAAUAAAAGCACAUCAAGACAAACAGAGCCUGGAUCUUUUAGAUCUGUCUCAAGAGGACCUACGAGUUAAAGGUGAAAUCAAGACUCUGGAAAAUUUAGGGGAUUGUGCAUCCUCUGGACAGGUAUACAAGAGUAGCUGUGUAAAUUCAUGCAGUAUUGUCUCAAACAUUCAGAAAGAAAAUGUGGAUAUGCAACAAAGUAUUGAACAUGCUAGUGAAAAUGCAUUUCACAUUAAUGCAGAAGAUUCCAACAUGGAUAAAAGCAGAGAGAGUGGUCAUUCAGAAGUGUCAGUGUUUGUGAAAGAUUCUUUGUGUGGGGAAUGUAAAAUAGUAAGGAAGGAUCCUUGCCCAAAGGAAUUGGUCAUGUAUCUGCAUGCUUUGUGUUACAAAUCAGCAGACUUUGACUAUUCUACUAAGAUGCCUGUAUGGGCCAUGGAGGAUUGGCAUGAAGACUAAUACAGGCUGUCUGCGCCCCCCACCUCUUUUUUUAAUUAAAGGACUGUUCAUACUGUAAAAUCUUGAUGUAUGCUAACUUUAUUUUUAGAAGGGGUGCUCACUGCAGCAGCUUUUUUAAAAUCAUUUGAAUAUUGAAAUUGUCCAUUUUGGAUGUGUUCUGCAGUGAUUUGUGUUACAUUCUUAGGAUAGCAUAGAGUACAUCAUUUCUUGAAACACUUCAAAGCCAGAGUUGGGAAAAAUGAGUUGGCUUCACAGCAGUAUGAAAUAAGAGUAAAAGCUGUAUUAAAAGGUUAACGUAUUGGGAGAUAAAUUGCUGUAUAAACUGUAAACCUUA